AUGGCGUCUAGAAUCAAUGCGGCGCGCGUUACUCUUGCUAACUUGAAACCUGCUCCGGGGUCGCAACAUAAUCAAAAACGUGUCGGAAGAGGUCAAGGUUCAGGUUACGGUGGCACUGCAGGUCGUGGUGCCAAUGGUCAAAAGUCGCGUUCAGGCCCUGGUAUCAAGCCAGGUUUUGAAGGUGGACAGACACCAAUCACCAAAUUAUUCCCCAAGCGUGGUUUUGUGAACCACAAUGAGAAAACGUACGCUCCCGUGAACCUUGAUCGAAUUCAACACUGGAUAGACCAAGGGCGCUUAACAUCGUCUCCCGACAACCCAAUUACUGCCCGAGACUUGCUUGAGAGUGGAUGUAUCCAUCAAGUACACGACGGAGUUAAGAUUUUGGGAGACGGAGUUCAACAUUUUCAUACCCCGAUUUAUGUCAUUGCAUCGCGCGCGAGCAAAAGUGCAAUUGAAGCGAUAGAAAAGAACGGGGGGAAGGUUGUUUGCAAAUAUUAUAAUUCACUUGCUCUCCAAGACUGCGUCGAAGGCCGUGUCGACAGAAUAUCCGCUGCACCGACACGACGAGAAGACAUUGUGUGGUAUGGCGAACAUAAAAAUCGGGGCUUCAUGUCACCUGAAACGCUCCAAUCUUUGGAAGGGAUGCCAUUUGUGGAGGAACGAUGGAAGUUGCUAUCGAGUGAAUUGGGUAAAUGGAGGGAGCAAAAAAUAGAAGAAAAAAAGUAA